CGAACCUUAUAUGAAACACGUUGCUGAACAUAUCCUCAAACUUAAACAAGAUCUCCUUUUCUAUCAUUCCCAGUCUUUCUUCUAGCCUUUUCAUACCUUCCAAAUUGCACUAUCCAUGCCGUUACCUCGAGUGAAGGACAACAUGGCGGCAUCCAAACUCCUUGAAACCGCGAAGAAGUUCAUCGGUCAAUUUGCGACCUUUGAUACCCAGACCCUGGAUAAUAUCCUCUCAGAAAAUUACACACAUCACUUCGCGCCAGAGUCUCUAAGCUCGCUCGGUCCAUAUACAAAGAAGGAAUUUCUUGAUCAUCAUCGUCGUAUGCUAACGAUUAUGAGUGGCUUUCCUGUAAUGGCGAAGGAAUAUAUUCAGAGCGAAAGCAGGAACCAAGUCGUGGUGUGGGCAACCAGUCAGGCAAUUUUCCGUGAUGAAGUGAAGGACGAUACUAUCCUAGAGAAAGACUGGAUGUACGAGGGUGAAUACAUGUUUAUAUUGAGUAUGGAUGAGACGGGUGAGAAGAUCGUUCGAGGAGUGGAGUUUCUCGACAGCAAAGCAACGAUUGACACACUACUGGGCUUGAUGAAGAGAGCUCAGGAGAAUAAGGAGCAGAGGGUUGGUAAAGGAGCAGAUAUAGUUCGUUAUGUUUAAG